GAGAGCAGUAAGCUGAGAUUGGUUCUGCCGCUCAGCCGCAAGGACAGAGUGAAUGGCGCCGGGUCUGCAGUGAGUGUGGAACCCCUCCCCCGCUCCCGCCCCCGUCCCCGCCCCCGUUCGCUCAGCUUGGACUGGUCCUCAUCGCCCAGGAUGAAUCAGCAGGUGCGGGAUCUCCAGCUGGCGCACAGCAGGAGGCUGGUGUCUCCUGCCUCUCCCAGCGCGGCCAAGAGGCUCUACAGGAACCUCUCGGGCAAGUUCAAGGUCAAUUACACCUCCUUCGACGAGCCAAGCUUAAUGGGACGGAAUGAGAAAAACAAGCAACGCAGGUCUGGCUUGAAGCUCCAGGGCAGCGAGGCGGUGUUUGAGGCGGUGGAGCAGCAGGAUCUUGACACGGUGCAGAUGCUGCUGAAGCUGUACACCCCUGACGAGCUGGACCUCAGCACCCCCAACAGCGAGGGCCUGACACCCCUCGACGUCGCCAUCAUGACCAGCAGCGUGCCCAUGGCCAAGCUGCUGCUGCAGGCCGGCGCCAAGGAAAGCCCCCACUUUGUUAGCCUGGAGAGCCGGGCAAUGCACCUGUCCAGGCUGGUGCGGGACUCGGAGCAGCGGCUGAGCGAGCUGGCGGCACAGGUGGUGAACCAGGCACACAGCCCCGACUGCACGGAGAAGGAGAAGCAGCUGAAGGCCUGGGACUGGCACAGCCGGCUCUUCAAACGCAUGAAGACCGGCUUCGAGCACGCCCAGGUCCCCGAUGCCCCAGCCCAGGUGCGGCUGUCCGUGGCAGGCAGCACCUCGCUACUCGUCACCUUCCAGGAACCUCUCAGCAUCAAUUCCGCCGUGGUCACGAAGUACAAAGUUGAAUGGAGCACAUCUCCUGACUUCAGCACGUUAACGGGAGAGACUGUUCUGGACGGGAUGAAGGCUCUGAGCUCCACCAUGAUGGGGCUGGUCACGGGGCAGCCGUACUACGCGCGGGUGUCUGCCCACAACAUGAAGGGCUGGGGUCCCCCGUGCAGCUCGGUGCCGGCCUGUGCAGCCCCCUCUAGCUGGAGAGACGCGGAUAGCAGGGAGGCGAGGCGACAGGGGAGGCCAGAGGCCCUGGAACAGCUGUUGGUGCAGGUGAAGACCCACCACCAGCAGUGUCUGUGUCACGAGAAUGCAAAGGUCCACCUCCCGGGACGGAAGCACUCAAUGUCCAAGAGCAUCAAACACUUGUUUCAGCCCACAAGCAAAUUUGUUAAAAAUCUCAAAAGAGGCUUGUACCUGGCUGCGGUUCUCUACAAAGACGAGGAUGUGGUGGUGACGCAUGAGGAGCAGAUCCCCGUGGUCGAUGUGGACGAUUCCUACUCCAGCUCACUGAUGCAAGACUUCCUUUGGUUCAUGAAGGUGUCGUACAUGUGGGAGGAGAGUCGGUGGCUGGGACAGUGCAUGAGCCCCUCCUCGUCAUCCUGCUCCUCGGUGCUGCAGGCUCGCCAUAAGAUGCUGGUGGCUGUUGCCCAACUACAGGGACUACUAGGAACCCAGGACCUGGGCCAACUCUACUUUGAACCGAUCAAGGACAAGCUGGGCAAUGUUCUGAUGGUGACCUUGAGGGAACUGAGCUCAUACCAGAGUCUGGAGAAUGCCCGGUGGAUUCCUCUGGCCAGGGUGCAGAGCCAGCGCAAGUGCCUGACCACAGCAGAUGAGCCCACAGCCCUGGACAUGCUGCUGUCCACCAUGCACGAGAAGCUGACCUACCACAGGCAGAGCCAGGCGGUGCCGAUGCCAGGACUCUACCUGGGCUACCUGAAGCUGUGCAGCUCUGUGGACCAGAUCCGGGUGCUGGUCUCCUCACAGCUCCCCAACAUCCUGUGUCACGUCAGGGUUCGGAGCAACCAGCACGUGUGCAGGGAGGAGUGGGAGUGGCUGCAGAGACUGACCAGUCUAGAGGAGCCUGAGCUUGCCGACCCGUGCGAGGGGAGCCCCGAGGGAAUGUUCCAGAAGGAGCUCAGAGCCGCCAUCCCGGAGCUGAUGAAGCUCAUCGCCGUUCCCCUGCAACAGGUGAAGGAGUACCGUCUGUACAGCCAGGAGGUGCUGGAGUUUGCGGAUGACCUGUCCUUCCUCCUCCUGCUGCCCCCGUCGGAGGAGGUGUGCACGGCGCCAGGGCAGGUCACUCCCUGCCCCCGCUCGGGCCUGCUCACCAUGCCCCUGCAGAGCUUCGAGCUGGUUCACUUCCUCAGCUACGACAAGCCGUUCAUCAGCCUAUACUGCCAGCUGUCGGCUCUGCUGGAGCUGGAUCUACUGUUGUCCCAGCAGGCGCUCCGCGAGGCUUUCUCCGAUUCCGAGGUGGUGGCAGCCAAGCAGAGGCACCAGCAGGUCCAGGAUUUCACCCAGAGAAUGGAGGAGGUUUGGCGAGAGGUGCGGUGGAUCAUGGAUGUGCUGCAGUACGCCAGGUACAAGCAGCCCUCUGGGGGAGUCCCGCUGCGAUGGCUGCUGGAUUUUAGCGGUGAUGGAGGGAAGGAGGAACCGCGAUCUCCGGCCAGCCCCGGUUACCUGCCCUCGCCAAGACCCUCGCCAGAGACCAGGCACCGACAUCUCAGUCCACAGGCAGGUUCGCCUGUGGACGGUGAUGAAGGUUGGUCAGAGGCACUUGUGUCCACGGCAAGUGCCCGUGAUUGCAGAGCUCAGAGCCCCAAGGAGUUGGACCUCAUCCCCUCCUCCACUGGUACCGGCAGCCAGAGACCCGGCCACAAGCUGCAGGAGGGUCCCCCUGAUGUUCUCGGUGCCCGCGGGCAGUGCCAGGGCAGUGGGCACCAGCGGCCUGCCCCCCAGCCGCUCUACGACAGCGACUUUGUUCUCCCCAGUAGACAACUGGAGCUACUGCACAUCACAGAGAAGAGGCAGGCCUACUGUGUCCGCACCAGUGGCCUCGACAUCCCACCCCAAUCCUUCCACAUCCAGAGACAGUGCUGCCCUCACCCUGAAUCCCUGCAUGAGUGCCCAGCAGAACCGUCAACAAGUGCCCUGGGAGUGGGCAGGCGAUGGCUGGACACAACCCACAGCCUGGGCACCUCGCCCCCGCCCGGCUCUCCGGCCCAAACACCCGACCCCAGCAGGCAGACGGACACGCCACUGGAGAAAGAGGCGCGGGAGCAAGGCCUGGACUCUGUCAGGUUGAACGUUUAUCCCCAGUACCAGACGGGGCUGUCCAAGGAGAUGAGUGUGCAGCUGUGUGUGAGCGACAGCACAAGUGCACGAGAGAUAGUCGCAUCGGUGAUCAGGAAAACCAACGAGGCUGUGAGGAGAAUGAGUGGCAGGACUGAGGCCCAGCUGUACCCAGAGGACCAGGUGCAAGACUUUGGCCUGGUCCUGUCCAUGGACAACUGUGACCAGUGGCUGCGGGAUGACUUUGUGCCCCUGACCCUGCACCACCCCUGGACCAAGGGGCGUUUGUGUGUCCGCAUCAGGGACUGUUCCCCAUUGCUCACUCAGCAGGGGAAGGCAACCACUGUGUGAGUCGGAGGGAGCCACAUCACCACUCUGCUCCCACACUGGCCGCAACCAAAGCCCCGUCAGCACGGCUCACACACGCUAAGGGCCCGUCUGCAACAUAACCCCCUGAUAUUACCAAAGAGCGAGACUGUGCUAACUUGCAGCGUGAAGAGAGGGCCACGGAUUGUUUCCGGGGUUUGUGCCGGGAGUUUCUGUGGUGAAGCUGGAAGGGGGGAGAGUGUUGUCGGUCUGUACAUCCUCAAACUUUAAUCAACACCGUGGACCUUUUCAAACCUGGAGUGAGGAAUCCACUCAGUGGAAUAUCUCCAACAUGGGUCUGUGCGGACUGAGCCCACACAACUAAUGAUCCAACCCCAAAAGCAGAAAGCAUGAUCAUCUCUUUGAAUGGACUUUGAAUGCCCAGAGUGGCAUUAACCUAUACUAUUUAUAUUUUAUAUGAAGGGGGCAGUUUUUUUGUUCGUGUUGGGGAGUGGUGGUGUCUGUGCACACACCUGUCUACACUGGCACUCAUUGGGAUCAUGGCCUUGCAGUAACUUGUGAUCUCCAUCUGCAGCUUCCUCUCUCUCCUCGUGGCCUAGAGGGCAUCCAUGCAGAGGAGGAGAGUGGAGAACAGCUCAUCUCCAGCAAACUACAGCUGCACUCUGGUGCCGAUCUCGGCUGGGGUAUUAGUGUGUGUAUAUGUAUGGCCCCGGGAGCAGGCACCAUGUUUGCCAGUCAUUGAACCAUGAAAGGAGGAAGGAGCAGCAGGUUUUGGUGCGUCAGUGUCUUGUGAGCAGCAGAGUUGGGGAGAAGGCAGAGAGAGGACUAGUUCAAUUUAUCUGUGGUAUAAUGGGGCUCUCCUGACUGAUGUUCUCUCCUUGCAGACUGACUGCCUGCCGCCCACCUGCUCUAACUUCCUGCAGCUCAUUAUAUAUCCCUCAGGAGGUGAGCUAAGGAGAAUGAAGGAGCAACACAGAGCAAAGUGAGCUCUGGGGUUAACACAGUACUUCUCUCCUCAUUUAGUCAGUGAACGUCAGGGGCACCCCAGUCUGAACAAAGACAGGAGUUACUUGAUAUCUCUUGUCUCAGCCCAGAGCUCUAUCAGAGCCACACUCAAAUCCUCCUGUGAUGGGGCUAGUCACAAAACCGCACAGCACAACACGCCCUUCGGCCCACAAUGUCUGUGUGUCGAACAUGAUGCCAUGACCAACUCUUAUCUGCCUGCACAUGCUCCAUAUCCCUCCAUUCCUUGCAUAUCCAUGUGUCUAUACAUUAUCCUCUUAAAUGCCACUAUUGUAUCGGCCUCCACCACCAUCCCUGACAAUGCGUUCCGGGCAACCACCACCCUAUGUGUUAAAGAAACUUACCACCCACAUCCCCUUUAAAUGUUGGCCCUCUCACCUUAAAGCCCCCCUAUGCCCUCUAGUAUUUGACAUUUCCAUCCUGGGAUUGUGAGUCUGUCAUUUCAUAAUUUUAUAAACCUCUAUCAGGUCUCCCUGCAACUUCCAAAGAAAACAAUCCAAGUCUGUCCAACCUCUCCCUGAAGUUAGAACCCUCUAAUCCAGGCAGCAUUCUGGUAAACCUCCUCUGCACCCUUUCCAAAGCCUCCACGUCUUCCCUGUACUGAGGCAACCAGGACUGCACGCACAAUUCCAAAUGCAGCCUAACCAAAGCCCUAUAAAGCAGCAUCAUGAUUUCCACACUCUGAUACUCCUGACUCUCAUACCCAACCUAUGAAAGCAAGCAUUUACUAUACGCCUUCUUCACCACUAUUUGUGUUGCUACUUUCAGGAAGUUGGGGACUUGUGCACCAUUCCAAAUGAUGACAUCAUUCCAAAUGAUGUUUCCUCCUCUGACCCACCCAACAUCAUACAGUCAGAAAGGUUGUGAUCAAUUUCAGACGUCAUGUGAUAUCUUCCGCUCUCCUCCCGUUUCAUCAUUCCAGAGAAAUAUUCCUUCCAAGAUACUACAGACCACUCUCCCAUAUCCAUCAACACCCUGCUACAUUCCAGGGCACCCGUUGUAGGAGAGGCACCACCUGUCCUUCCACAUGAAGCAAUGAUUGACUCGUGUUUCUUCAGUUGUGGUGCAUUCACUGCUUCCAGUAGGUCUCCUUAAUCUGGGAAAAACCUGGCACACAUUGUGUGACGCCAUGCACAACAUUCCACAGGCUCAAAGUUGUCAAUCCCUUCUUAUAACUUGCAUCAAAUUCAAACUCUCCCAGGGCAGGGACAGCACUGGAUAGACACAGCAAGAAGCUUCCUCGACAGACCUGUCACACACUUCCAGUGCAUAGUCUAGACACAGAGUCCAAGGGUCAGACACGGAGUGAAGCUCCCUCUACAGCAAGCCAUCACACAUUCCCAGGGCAUGGUUUAGGUCCCUCUACAGCGUCCCUCGCACACUUUUGAGAUACGGAUGCAUGAGUCCGGGUGCUGGUCCUAACACCAUUGCACAUGCUCUUGCUCUGUCACUUGCAUGGGAUGUUUUGUAUUGUGAGAGGAUUCUCUUUGGGACCAAUUGGCAAACUCAUCACGUGAAGAAUGUUGGGAGGCAGCGAAUGUUGAGUGCCCGUCUCACCCUGGACAGAGCCAACAGUCUGAGUGAAAAGGACAAAGCAUUGACUUCUGCCGGGCCUGUACGCUCCACUGACCAUGUGAACGGUGGUUGAGGCAGGUGGGUGCACAUUUGGGGCAAGGACUCGGUGUGGACCAGCACAAGGCAGCACCUUACAGCUGAGGGUUAGAAGAUUCAAAAUGAGGCAUUCUGUGGGGAAAAGGCAACAGUGCACUUUAGGGAGAGCACCAGUGAGCUGCACCAUCCUUGAGAAGUUUUAUGUUAUAAAGUUGAGAAUGUUGCCAGUUCUUACCAGACAGAAAGCGUGGUUUUACGUCUCACCCGGGGCCCUGCACGAUGAGAAGCAAAGUUCCGGCUGUAACUUCCUCUCUGCAGUUGAGAUUUAAUGCUGAUCUCUCAUUGACGGGUGAUUUGAUGUAAUCAAGUGAAUUAAUUUCUGAAUCCAAUAUUGUGAGCUGUGUGUGAAAUACUGUACUGUGUGUGGUGACGAUGAAGCUACAAAUCUUCCAGCUGAUUAAAAAUUAUUUUUGUGAGACCAGGUGAUUCUCUAUUUCUCUCAGCAUUGUUUCUUUUGACAGUGAAGCAGCUGAGUGUUACAGCAGGAGUCCUAUUAUCCAGUGAAAUCAUCCUCAGCGACAUGCCAGAGUGAAGCUCCCUCGACACUAUCCCAUUACACACCAUCAGGCUCAGACACACAGUGAAGCUCCCUCCACAACCAGACCAGUGGCUGUGUUGUGGACUAUUCUUGCUGUAAGCCUGGAUAACACUCACUAAGCCAAAAAUGUGUUCAUCUUCAUCAGACAAUGCGUGGCUGCAUGGAGAUCAGGAGACAAAGUACCUCCUUAUCUUGAAUAAACUAGGAAUUCCCAGAAAGCUCGAAGGGCCGAAUGGCCUACUCCUGCACCUAUUGUCUAAAGCAUUGACGAUCCCCCAGUGAUGUCUGGAGAGAUUGACAGCCAGAGGCCUGGAUUUGUGCUUCAGCUGCAGAGAGCAAGUUGGCCUCAAUGCCUUGUCGGCUCAACAAGACCAGGACGGGGAUCGGACAGAGUAGCGGCCAACUCCACAUCCCGGACUCCACUCCCCAACUCCGAAAAGAGGUGGUGAAACCUCCGGGGAACUAGGUGAAGGUGUCUAAAGCUGAGGGCACUUGUACCUCUGCUCACCAACACAAAGUCUUCUUGUCAUUGACAGCAACCCCUCACUGAUGAGGCAAGCUCGAAGUUCAAAGAAGAAUGAAAGAGAAAGCAAUUUCAGGGGAAUGCCCAGUCUGAAGAACGGUCCCGACCUGAA